CAGAGUUUAACAACAUCAGACGCUGCGGGUUCUGGAGAGAGUUUAAGUCUGUCGCUGCUUUAAGAACAUCAUGAAGUACUGCUGGAGUUUACUCGCUCUACAACUCUUCAUUGUGAAUGGAGGGAGGUGUUUUUCUGUAGCUGACAAAAGGAAUUCACACACACCAGAUCGUCUCUUCUACAUCACAUCAGAGUUUAAGUCUGUUGCUUCUUUAAGAACAUCAUGAAGUACUGCUGGAGUUUACUCGCUCUACAACUCUUCAUUGUCAAUGGUGUGUUUGGAGUUGACACGGAUGAAAUCAAGUCAGUGAUUGAGGGAGAUUCAGUCACUCUACACACAAAUAUUGAAAAACUGGAAAGUGAUCUGAUUGUGUGGUGUUUUGGACCUGAAGACACUCGUAUUGCUCACAUCAAUGGAAAGGCCAAUAUCAAGCCAGUAUAUGAUGAUGUUCUUGAUGGGAUAUUUAAAGACAGACUGGAGUUGGACAGUAAAACUGGAUCUCUCACCAUCAGAGACAUCACAACUGAACACUCGGGACUUUAUACACUCAGAAUAACCAAUAAUAAAGUCUCAUACAAAACAUUCAGUGUAACUGUUAAUGAGAAGAAAUCAGAGACUGAGGAGAUUAAGACUGAUGAGACUGAGGAGACUGAUGAGAAUAAGAAGACUGAUGAGAUUGAUGAGAUUGAUGAGAAUACUCCCGGUCGAUCACGUUCAGUUUCUAUCAUCAUCAUCAUCAGUACGGUGUGUUUGACUGCAGUAUUAAUUGUUAUAAUCUCAGCUGUGAUCUGCUUCAGGAAACACAGAGUAAAAGGUUUAAUAAAAGUGCAGAAUUCUGAAACUGACGUUCUGACUGAAGAAAGACGACUUGACGACAAAAUCCAACAACAACUAUGAAGAUUAACCAACCGAUUAUUCUGUUUGUCUUAUUUUUGUCUCGUUUUCCUUUUACAAAUAUCUAAAAAAAGAUGCAUUCACUUGAGAAGCAGCAUAUGAUAUAUUUAGACUUUAAGAGAAUUUAUCUUAAAUAUAAGUGUAUUAAAAUACACUUAUACUGUCGUGUUCUUUUUUGAGGAGACGAAGUCAAGUUUUCAAAGUAAAAAUUGUAUUUAUUAACAAGAAAGAAUAAGUACAAAAAUCAUUCAGCCAACUGGGGAUCUAGUCUGCUUCACUCGUAAGCUCCGCUCAAAACGAUCCAGUUUCUCCAGUGUUCCCUUCUUUUCUACAUUUCUGACCCAAGGUGUGUUCCUUUGUUCUCAGGUUUUUACUCUUUUCAUUGGCUUAUUUUUGCCACCGGGUGAUCUCCAAUAUUCUAAGAGAUAAGUUCCACUCAUUCCGUUGGUUGGUUUUUGCUUCAGUAGGAUUACCGGUUUUACCUCCCAUUGGUUCAUUCUUAUCAGUUUUUUGCCUAAAGAAUUUCCAAUGUAGGUACUGUUUCAAGGUUCCCCUGCCUAAAUAAUUUCCAAUGUAUAAACUGUCUCUAGGUUCCCCUCAUCUCCAGUGUCAGAAAUGCAGCUGCAGUUUCCUUUAAGCAUUUUUGGUUUUACAUAUAAUUUGUAGUUAGUUACACACAUCAUUCAUCAUUUGUUAACAGGCAUACUUUAAGAUUAGUCACACACAUAUAUACUGAUUAAGAUUGCAACACACAACAAUACACAAAAUAUACUUGUAUGCAAGGUCUAUUCUCUCAAAUCAAGUGUAAAUAUCUCAUAUGCUGCUUCCCAGGCAAAUUAAUCUUUUUAAAAGGAUUUUUAGAUAUUUUAAAAUAUUUGUAUUUUCAAUAUUCUUGGAUAACAAUAUUUUCUUCUAUUAAGGCUGCUAAAGAAAAUGUACAUUAUUUUAAAUUAAUUUUACAUAUUUUAUUUAUAGGAAAACAAGCCAAAACAAAAACAAAUCAUUAACAUAUUUGUUGGCGUGUAUAAUGGGGUGAAGACUCACACCUUUCUGUUCAUUUAAUCCAUCUUUUACUCACUAAAACACAAACUCUCUCUUAAUACUAAAGCUGCAUAUUGACAAUGUUCUUCAUGAUGAGAGACACACAGUGACUGUGAUCAUGUACUUAUGUAAAGUAUGUUUGAGUCUUAAGAUUUGAGUAAUUCAUACUUUAAACACACAGUAUAUAAGGUUUGAUUUGAAUCCUCUAUUAAAUUAAAAUACAUUUUCUCAAUUAAAUGCUCUAAACUAAAAAUCCAAAUAAAUAUUUGUAAUAGUUGUUGGUAAACAAGAGAACAACAUGAAACCACCUCAGCCAAUAUUCAGACAAGAGUCAACUAUAUAAUCAAUGAACCGUGAUCUCUGAUGUCACAUGUUUGUGUUUACAGGUUAUUAAUGAAAACAAUUUAUUGCAAUAUUUAUUUUAUUGUUGAAAUCUUCCUGAAAAGACUUUUUAAUGGCAGGUUUUAUUGACACUUUAUUGACCUCAUGAUGUGUUUUAAUGAACAAUGUCCUGCUGUACUAUCUUUUGUAUAUUUAUUGUCUUUAUUAAGUGUUUUUUUUUACUUAAAGAACAAUAAAGAUUGUGAAUAAUUUAAUUACAUUUUAAAUGUCACAACACAAAUAAAAGUGUAAGCCCGUUUAUCGGUCCAAUGGCGGUCUCCAAUAAUACGGGUGAAGGUCUCUGCGCGUUUCUGUCUUUCUUGU